AUGAUGAACAUCGUCCAACGCCUGAUGAGGCCAUUCAGCUCCUCGACAAUGCAUCUCACACCAGAACAAGCAGCACAGGUCUCGACCAUCCCAGAAGGCGCACAGAAAGCAACGAUCGCAGCGGGAUGCUUCUGGGGCGUGGAGCACAUGUACAGACACGACUUCGGAGGAAAGGGACUUCUUGAUGCGCGAGUGGGAUACAUUGGAGGCGACACAAAGGACCCAAGCUACCGCGCAGUAUGCUCAGGCAGGACAGGACAUGCAGAAGCAACCCAAAUCAUCUUCGACCCCACCCAGCUCUCGUACCGCACCCUAAUCGAAUACUUCUACAAAAUGCACGACCCCACCACCUCCAACCGUCAAGGCCCCGACACAGGCUCGCAAUAUCGGUCGGGGAUCUUCUACCACAACGACGAGCAAAAGAGCAUCGCCGAGGAAGUGACAAAGAAGGCCAACGAACAAUGGUGGAAGAAUGGAAUAGUUACUGAAAUACUUCCGGCUGCUGAGUGGUGGGACGCGGAGAAGUACCAUCAGUUGUACUUGCAGAAUAACCCCGGCGGCUAUGAGUGUCCUAGCCAUUAUUUGAGGAAGUUCCCGGAUUUGCAGUAG